GCAAUAUUCUGCUAAUGUUUUCAUGUAGAAACGGGACGGUGAAUAUGAAGUGGUCGUGAACGCGUAAACGCUGCUCAAACGCUGGGGUGUUUCGGCAGUGUUUCAGCACCAGCAUCUUUGGUCGCUGUUAUGGUGCAGCAAAGCAAACGCUUCUGACCGGAGGUCAGAGAAACUCUGAGGCUGUUUGAGAAGAGGAAAGAGAAGAGAAGCAGGGGAGAUGUUCGGCUGUCAGGGAGACGGGUUGAGGGUCCGAUCCUGGAUUACUCUGAUCUCAGGGUUGGUGGAGUGCUUGGGCUUUGCAGGGGCUGUUUUCGGCUGGGCAUCGCUGGUGUUUGUGCUCAAGAACGAAGGCUACUUCAGCAGUCUGUGUGUGAACACCACCAUCAAUGGAACAGCUGUUGAAGAUUGCAGCAGACAGGAUGAGCAGUUUUCCCUAAUCUUUACCAUUGCAUCCUUUAUGAACAACUUUCUUACACUUCCAAACGGCUUCCUGUUUGACCGCUUUGGUACCACAGUUGCCAGGCUACUGGGAAUAUCAGUUUACUCUGCAGGAAUGUUGUUAAUAGCCUUUUCCACAACUGCGAGCUCCAUCCUUCUUUUCCCCGCGCUGUCCUUCAUUUCUGUGGGAGGAAUUCUGUUCUUGAUGACCAACAUACAGGUGGGAAAUCUCUUUGGCACUCACCGCUCCACCAUAAUCACUCUAUAUAAUGGAGCCUUUGACUCUUCCUCUGCUGUAUUCCUCAUUAUCAAAUUGCUGUUUGAGGAUGGAGUGUCUCUGCGGGGGUGUUUUGUCUUCAUGGCCUGCUGCAGUGUCAUUCAUCUCUUUAGGACAUUUGUGCUGAUGCCUCGUACUCAUAUCCCAUACCCGCUCCCAGAGAACUACACCUAUGGCAUAAACUGUGGAGGGACACAAGAUUAUACCAUUGCAAAGGUCGACGAGAAAAACAUCCAGACUUCCCUAGCUGAAGAGGAAGUGGCAUUUACUGAGAGUUCUCCCCAGGGCCAAAACACAAAUAAAUCGGAGCGUAGUUUCAAGAGCUGUUUCCUCUCCUGGUUCUUCUUGUGGCAUCUGCUCUGGCUUUCUGUGAUGCAGUUGAGACAUUAUUUGUUCAUCGGGACCUUAAACCCUAUGUUGAAUCAUCUAACUGCUGGAGAUCCAAGCCUUGUCAGUAGAUACACAAAUGCGUUUGCAUUCACUCAGCUGUGUGGGAUAUUGUGUGCCCCAUGGAAUGGCCUUCUUAUGGACCGCCACAAGGGAAAGUCGAGAGAACCAGGACAAAGCGAACAAGAAGCAGACCUGAAGGCAGCCAUAUUGUCUCUGUCUCUGACGGCUCUGCAGUGUGUGCUGUUUUCAGUAUGUGCUGCGACUCCCAUCCUCCCCCUCCAGUACCUCACCUUCAUCCUGCAAGUGCUCAAUAGAUCCUUCCUCUACGGUGGAAACGCAGCCUUUAUCAGUGUGGCGUUUCCGUCCAUACACUUUGGAAAGCUGUAUGGAACAGUAAUGGCUCUUUCGGCUGUGGUUUCGCUGCUGCAGUAUCCCUGCUUUGCUCUCAUUAAAGGGACUUUGGGUGGAGACCCUCUUUAUGUGAACAUCGGUCUGACUGUUCUGAGUCUCCUGGCUUUCAUCAACCCUCUGUAUGUUUACCUGCACUGUCGGCGUCAGACAGCCCAGCGAAGAGCUUCCAACAAAACAUCAUCUUCAUGAGGCCUCCAGGCACAAGGGAAUAUUAGCCUGACCUCCGACCUUCAAAACUGCUUUCUCUUACAUGCUAGUUUUCUUCAGAAGGCUACACACAAAAAUGUGUGGUGGUAAGAAAUGUUUUACUAACCUUUCACUGAGCUGUCUUUGCGGUGGUUAACUCUUGACCCCAUGGUGGUAUGCAGUGUGUCAUUAGUGCUGAUUAAAGCAGGAAAUGUACUGCUGCUACACCCUACUUACUAAUAAUCUCAAGUAUGACAAUGGCCACUUAAGAUGUAGAUGCGCAGGCAUGUUCACACUGUAAACACAUUGUACAGUUGAACAGAAAAGUACUGGACAUUUUCUGCCAGUACAUUUUCCGUUAAGUUCAAAACAAUAUGGAAAGUAUUUACAUAGUAUAUCAUACUAUUUUUUUAAAACAGUAUUAAAACAUUUUCUUAUAAUAGACAACUGUUCAACAGAAACUAUUUUUGUUGUAAAAAAAACAGAAGAAGAAUGUGAACAAGAAUGUGAAUAUUUCUGUAAAACUAGAGAUAUUCAUAAAGGGACCACCGUUAAAUAUAUCUAUACAGUAUAUGUGAUAUGACAUGGAUAUUUUGACCAAACUGAAAGAAAUGUCUGCAAAUGUAUCUCUUAACAGGUAAAUAUUUAAUGUGUCUUGAUAUUAUUGCUGUUACUGUCAAUUGAGCACUUAACUCCGUUUGAGUAAAGAAAACUGUAGCAUUAGCUUCUCCUGCAAUGUUUACAUGCUGUAAGAACCAUUUGGUCGGUUAUAGGGACCUCUGCUGGACAUUGCACGAAACACGUCCUCGUCUGACCAACAACUUCCCCAAAUUAUUUGCUGUUUGUACGAUGUUCUUUUGAAAUAUAUCAGUAUUACUCCAAAUAAAGGGACUUUUUAUAAGA